AUGCUGUGUGCCGCGGCGCGGCGCUCUGGGCGGCACCUGGUGUCGGGGCGGAGCUCGGCGCAGGUGCCCGAGCAGUGCCCCAGGCUGGGCAUCCCCGGCAGGCGCGGCUACCGGGUGUCCAGGCCGCACAGGGCCGCAGAGGUUCCGAAGGGCGAGAGUGUGUCCGUGGAGGUGGAGUACAGCGGCCUCUGGGGUGCCGUGGUCACGUUCCCGAAGCGACGUCCGUUUGCGACGAACAUCAUAGUCGCCACCGUCAAGACCUCGGUGGCGGACCUCAUCGUGCAGAAGGCAGAGGGGAAGAAGGAGAUCGACUGGAGCAGGAACGCCGUCUUCACGGGCUUCGGCUUCGCCUACCUCGGCAUCGUGCAGUGGUUCAUCUACGUGACGGUCUUCACGCGCCUCUGCCCGCACGCCAUCCGAUUCUCCAAUCUGCCCUGGAAGGACAAGCUCAAGGACCGCGCUGGGCAGAUCGACUUGGUGAAGCAGACGUGCCUCGACAAUUUCGUCCACUACACCUUCAUAUAUUUCCCUGUGUUCUACACCCUGAAGGAGAUGAUGCAGGGUGACGGCACUCUCGACAGCGGCCUGGUCCAGAGGGGCCUCGCGAAGUACUGGAAGAACAUUGUUACCGACAACAUUUACAUGUGGUCGCUGUGGGUCCCUGGAGACCUCAUCGUGUACGCCGUGCCGAUCUGGAUGCGCCUGCCCCUGAACCACGGCAUCAGUCUGGUCUGGACCAUGAUCCUCAGCUACGUCCGCGGCAGCGAGAAGUGA